UGAAAUAAGUUGUGCUUAUGAGCCAGCGGCCGGACUUCAGGCGCGAAAAGUCAGCCUUUUUACUGGUAGGGAAGGCAGUUUCUAUUUAAUAAGUUUUCUCUUGCACCUUACUACCACAAAAAAAAUUGACUUUGUUUAGCAUGAUCACGCGUUGGUCACUCUCUUCGUCCCAUUCUUAUCUGAGAUUGGUCAAAAUUUGACAGGUGAGCAUGAGUUUACGUGGAAAAAUUAUGUAGCAUCUGGAAACUUGUUUACUGAUAGCUCACGCUGACAGAGUUUUGUGUCGUCUGAUCUCAUUAUGUUUUAUCCGUCUUUUUGCAUUGGAUCUACAAAUGAAAUACAUCUGUUAUCAAAAAUCUUUUGUUAUUCUUGGCUGGCAUGUUUAUUGUGUUUUUGGUUAAGAAAUGCUUCGCUUGCGAAAAAAAGUAAUCGGAAAUCAUCGUUUUCAAAAAUAAGCUUCUCUUCGUACUUCACCUUGCUAGAUGCGUGAGCGGGGUUUAGAAGUCUUUUAAAGCGAUUCUGGCCUUACUUGAUGCCGCGCUUUCAGGAGCUGCAUCUCGACUGGUAAGCUUAAGUAAAUCUGAUGUUUGUUUGUUUGUUUUUUGGGGGGCCUCACGACCUUUCAAGACGUCGAGCGUUGUUUAUGCCGUCACUUUGCGCACAGGCGUUUUUAAGAUUUGAGACAAUCUCACAUAGUACACAACUUAAAAAGUCUUUAGACAUUUUCUGCCCACGACUAGAAAGAAAACAGUCUAAAGAAUAUUUAGUUAUCCUAUUGGUUGUAAAUGAAAAGCUUUGAAAGAUAUUCUUGCCUCGAGCUCAUCUUGAAAAAUAGCAAACACGAAGCCGGCUUAAAACUUUAGCAAAAAUCUGCAGGGUUUUAUUCGUGACUCGUGAUUUUCAAGGACACGUCGCUCUCAAAUUAUACAUGUAGUCGUGAAUAAAGAUUGUUGUCCUUUUAAAUGUUUCAUUGAAUUAUAUUUUUUGUCUUGACUGUCAAAAUCUCUUUCUUAUUACUUUGUCAGUUGUUUUCAGUCGAACAUCAAUCGCAUGCUAGUUUAAAAGAUUAUGGUGUUUCAGAAGUAAAAAGCAAACGAAAAUGAUUCCGAGAACUCUUAAUUCCUUGUAGGUGUGUUCAAUUGUUUCCAAUAACUACUUGUUUUAUUUCGAACUCUAUUAACGGGUAAUGUUCAUUCUCGACAGGCGACACAGCUCGCAUUGCAAGUUUGGCGCUUGACAAAAUUCAGAAAUGUAAAAUAAGAUUUUUUUCCGAAAGUUUUUGCUUAAAGCCCAUUAUUACACUUCUUACUGCAUAAUGGCAGAUUGACCUGACUAAACAGUCCCGCUAAUAGUGAAUUCUUUAUAUAGAUCGUUUUCACUGUCACGCAACAAAAAAAUAAAUUGAAAACCGUCUCGUGAAAGAAGCCAAGAAAAUGAUAUGUUAUAAAAGACUAAUUUUUAAACAAUUUGUCCAAGUCUCAGGUCUUUUUGGCCCACAGUUUCUGAGUUACUUGCCGAAAAGUUUCAAGCAUCUUUGUAGAGCUUUGUAUGGAGACGCCAUAUUGGUGCACAGUUUUGGUGCACCAAUAUGGCCGCCGAAAAUCAACAAAAACAUCUGGAGUUCACUUGUUCUAUAAAAGCUCCUUCUUUUCACUCGAGAACUAGCCUACGUGCGCAUAAACAUAUCUUCUAAUACUUGAAAUGGUUAUACUACUGAAAAUCAGGAGGAGAGACUUUUUUUUCAACGAGACAGCAUUCCUAUUUUGGUGUCACGCACUCUGAAAACUCGGAAGUUCAAAUUGCUGUAUUUUCGAAAUGAAACAUGCUAUGGGACUGAAAACUUGUACAAAGAUUAACUUUUUGUUUAUCUUCAACCUAGUGUAAAUAAGAAUUUGUAAAACCUCGCUAUUUUGACUUUACAAUUUGAUGACGUCACUGUGAAAACCAUCUAUAUACGAGAUUUAUGUUGUUGUCAUUUUUUAUAAUUUGCUGUGCAAAGGAGCGCGUGCUUCGGUCGUCCUGGAUAUUGAAUGAGUGCAAUUUGUAUGUAAUAGGACUACAUGCUGUCCAAUUUGGACAUAAUUGGAUAAAAAAAAAUUCCGGGGACAGCCAAAACUGGACGAGGCCGCAAGCCGAGUCCAGUUUGGCUGUCAGAGGAAUUUUUUGAGUUCAAUUAUUUCCAAAGUGGACAAGCAUGUAGUCCUCUUACUUAUUAAUUAUAUAGCUAGUUAGUUAAUCCAGAUUUUUUAGCCUGUCACAGACGCGAAAUAUUGCACACUCGAACCGUUUGUAGUAGAAACAAAAACACACUGCAAUAUCUCAAAAAGGUUUAUUCUUCUGGUGUCAUUCAACUUCUUCUAUACAAAUAAACAAACGUAGAACUAGUAUUGCUCUCUCAUACUUUGGCAUUUUGUUGCCAAUUAAAAUUUUGAAAGCUUCUUCAAUGAUCUGAAUGAUAUGGUGCUACAGGUGAAAACCGCAAUUUCGAGUAUAAAAAAGACAAAGAAACAACGCAAAUACUUAAUUUAAAUACAAAAACUAUUGAAAAUAAACAUUUCAUUCAUUACCUCAAACGAUUUCCGCAGACUUUGUCCGUUUGUUUUUGUAAUGCCAACAUCUAAACACAAGUAUCAGUAUUUUCCGCUUAUUCUUGUCUUAAGUUUCAGUGCUAGUACAUUUUCAAGAAUCUAUGCGUUGAUUGUUUCCGAUACAAACUUUCAAUUUGGUCAUACAUUUUCCUUUUAAAUGGCCCAGACAAGAAACGAAAACAAAACAGCAGCAAAAAAAAAAACGACGUUCACAGCAACAAGAAGCCAAGAGUGUUCGCCGAAGAACAGCCGUCAGCCAACAAAACCUUUUUUGGCGCGUUUUCACAGGGACUUUGCGCUGACUGGGUAGUAUACAUUGUCUAUUGUAUUUUCUGGCAUUUGAUUGGCUCAGACCAGCUGUCCUAUUUUUUAAAUUGGACGGUUUGCCUAUUUGUAAAGGAAAGCCCUAUCUGAAACUAUCCAAAUUAAUCCUUAAUUGGACAGUUCGUAAAAAUUAAAGGAUAAUAGCUUUGCUGACAAUGUCAGAUUAACUAACAGCUAUAUAAUUAGUCUUGUAAGAUUAUUCUGUGAAAAACUGCAGAAUUGUAAGUAAAGCAAUGCAAAAAGUGAUAUAAUCUCUGCCCGAGGUCUGAACGAUAAACAAACAACGCCUGAUAGAGUGUUUACCUAAGAGGUGAUGAAUUCUGGUUAAUACGCGCUAAAGUAAACUGGUAGCGAGCCACACAAGGAGCAUAGUGUCUUAACGGCGUUUCCAGCAUAAAAUUUUAUUUCGCGGGAACUGUCCAAUUACCCUUAUAAAAUAAAGGUGGUUUAGGUGGGAAAAAAGGUGCAAACAAGGUGCAUCAGGAGAAAUUGAAAACAAUUCUUACGCAAAAUUUGUUUUUUAUUGGGAGGGGGCGGGGUAAAAAAAUGUAUUAUGGGUGAUGCGAAUGGAUAAAGUAAAAGGAAAUCACGUCCUUACAAUUCACUGGUUGCAUGUUGCUCCAUCACAAGGCAUCACGAGUGACAUGAGCGAGGUAAUUAUUCAGCUCGGAUUGGUCUGUUAUUGUCUUGAAAUCAGUAUACCAACCCGUUGAUCCUAGUUCCUUUUAUUAUACAAUUAUGGGUAGUCAAAUAAUUUUAGUUUUGGACUCUCGCUGUUAAUAAUUUUAAUCAGUUUUUAAUCUCAUUUUAGUAAUAUUGUAAAUUAGUAUACACACACUCAGUGAUCUUGGUUAUUCAAGCAAUCUGACUGAUUCGCUAUCUCGGACUAUGGCGUUAUAUUCACCGCGCUAGCCGGUGAAUAUAAAGCACUGACAAAAUCGCUGUCGUGAACUGGGUGUUUUGCCAAGUUCCAGAGUAAGAACUUUUUUAAAAUACAAGAAUAUCCCAGAAUUGAUGAUUUUGAAGGUAAGAAAAGACUUUGUGGUGUUUAAACAGCGUGAUUUUAUUGCGAAGUGGUUUACUGUAGUUGACUUUCACACGGUCGAAGUAAUGUUUUCAUUGACAACCACAGAGGAAGGGGAGGCCGCUUUGUCACUGUUUUGUGAACUCGCGAUUUUCUCGCAAAACCAAUUUUGCCUGGAAAUAGAAGUUAAUUUAUUGAGAAAAAAAGGAAAGCAAAUAUUUUCGAAAACUGUACGUGCCAGCAAGUUAACAUGGCAAGGAACACUGCACUGCAGAUAAAACAACGCUCACCUCGAUCGUAGCCGCCGUUGACAGCAUUUGCAAGAAGCGACAAAAAAACUGUCUCAUUCACGGUGAUUUGACAGAAGCAAAUAAAGCUCUGUGUUUCUUCUCAGAAAGGAAAGUUAUUUAAACUUUCAACGUUUUCUUGUCAAUCAUUGAUGCUAAAGCUUACAAAAAAAUGAAAACUAUGAUUUGCCAUGUUUGAAAAUACUGUAAAGAUCCAACUUUUGUGCAUCUGCUGUUUACGGCUACAUGUUCACGCAUGAAUUCAUCCGCGGCAGUGAAUCAAACUAAUCGUUUUUUUUUUUUUUUUUUUCAUGGUUUCCUUUCUGAUUCUGUUAGAUCACUUCGUGUGUAUAUACUAAAACAAUUAUUCACCUCCGGCUCAGUUAAUAUUGUUGAAUAAUCCCCUCGACUUCCUCUCGGGAUUUUAUUAAACAAUUAUUGGAUGAGGUUGAGCAUGAUAUCGUGAAUUAUCAAAACCGAAGUCUGUGUUAUCUACCGAAGCCGAAGGCUGAGGCAGAUAAUACAGACACGAGGUUUUCAUAAUUCAUGAUCUCAUGCGAAAAGCGAAUUCAAUAAUUGUUUUAUUAUACAUUUUUUACACAAUAGGCAAAAGAAGACAUUCAGCCAUUCUGUUUCUGAGGAGAACACUCAAAGGGGCUUGGUAACCAGGCAGACGUUGAACUUGACAUGAUAAAUGCAAUAUCUGCAGCAGAUAUUGCAUUUAUCAUGUCAAGUUCACAAGCUAUUGUGAAUUGAUUGAAUGCUCUCGACCAAUCAGAUUAAUCAUAGUGAGUCUGAUGUAUAAUAAUCAACAAUAUUAAGUUCGCCUUCGGCGAAUAAUUGUUAAACACAACUCACUCAUUCCACGUUAAGUGGGUAAAUUACCAUUUUUUGGUGUCCAUGGCAAGUUUUGAGGACUCAAAUUGUUUUCCCAUAGUCAUUUUGCUGAAAAAUACUUAAAAUAUGCCCAAAUAAAUAGCGACAGUACCCCUUUGUGCUCCUGUAGACAGUAACUUUCAGGGAAUCAAGGCCAAAAGUGUCCAAAAAAUGCAAUUUUGCUAUGUCCUCAGAGAGGAUCGGUAUAGAACGUUACGGUAUAUUUGUGCUUGUCGCCUUAUACUAUGGAAACUAAUCAAUCCAAUGUCUCGGGAGGGACUUAAACUAAAGUCCUACAUGAUCAUUUCUCACUGCAGGUCAGUUUUGUUGCUUUUAACUACAGUGAACUGGUGUCCGCUUUUUUUUAUGAAACUUCCGUUACCGAUCUGAGGGCAGAUCACAAAUGGCCUAGAAAUAAAUACUGCGAAUGAUUUACAUCUGGUAAAUAUUACUUAACUUUGCUCUUUUUGAUACGCAAUACAUAAAAAAGAGUAAAAGCCUGUGGAAAGAAAGUUAAGGUUGUAACUUCCGUUACUAAGAUUACAGUAGGAAAAAAUGAAAAGUGGGUCGUGCUGAUUUUUGUGGUGACGGAGGAGCUAGUGAGGAUUAUUAUGGAGUACGUUUGGUUUUUCCGAUUUAUUAAUUUCACUUAAAGAUGUAACAGAAAAGGUAGAAUUUUAACUUCCGUUACCGUAACUUCCGUUAGCAAGAAUUUGUCCGGUCUCUAAAACAUAGGAUAAACGUCAGGUAAAUUUCGGGAAAUGCUGUCACACGAUUGCCCCGUCAAACAACUUAAGCUUUGGUGACAUUUGGUGAAGAUUUCGUCAUAAGUACACCCUCACACGUGUUCCAUUGGUGAGAGACCUCUCUGUCAAUUGUGAUAAGAAAAUUUUAGUUGAGUUUAUGCUUCGCGGAGUUUUUUUGCAUAGUUUAAAGAAGUUUAUUUUCCUUUGAAAUAGUUCUAGGCAAUUUAGGAAUAUAAGAUGAAAAUGAGACAGGCAUCUUAAUCAUUUUAAUCUUUUUUAAAGUAACGGAGGUUACACAACAGGAAGUGGAUUAUCUGAAGCUGUUUUCGCUAGUUCAACCCUCUUUUAUGUGAAUGGACUUUACAAUAUUCAUGUAUUACAAUUCUUGGUACGAAUUCUAACAGAUUACCAUAUAUCUAUUAAUUUUUUUUCUUUUAAUUCAAUUUAUUUGGCUCAUUUUGUUGUUUUUAGCCUCGUUCCACCCAAAAAUUUCAUCCAAAAUUGUUUACCAUUAAUUCAAUUCAAUAGAAUAAGUCAUAUGCAUUGUUAUUUAAGACGGUCUGUAAUCCCAAAAGUGAGUAGUUGGAAGAGAAAUGAAAUAUUACCUUCCUUCUGUAACUUCCGUUACCGAAAUUUAUUUGAUAAUCACUCGUUUUCUACUAGAUCACAUGUUUCCAAACUAUAAUAAAGGUAAACAACACUUUCUUUCCUUUACAUUUAGCAAAAUAAUGUCUAGUCUGACGGCUUUUUUAAAGAAAAAACAUAAAAAAAACACAGCAGUUUUAAAUUCUCAAUAUUUUGUUACGUCAGACCAAAGUACACCAUGGCAGAACAACUUGACUUCUUCAUUCCUUGAGCCACUGACUUGACUAAAAUGUAAAACUCAGACCUUAGCCUGCCACGGAUUUCAUUUUAAACAUUUUAGAGUACGCUAAAUUGAAAAAAACAUAGAUAUAAUGCAACACUGUGCUGUUUCAAGCCAUACAAAAUAUCACACUACAUGCUAUGAAAUAACAGGCUGUAACGUUUAGUAGAUAAAAGAUAUGUUGACCAAAUUUUGGUUUCUCACCCUUCAAUAGUACAUCUUUCGGUUAAACUCACUACUUGUCUGAUUUGUUGACCUUCGAUUUUUCGAAACUCUUUGGCUCAUUUUACCCACUUAACGUGGAAUGAGUGAACUGAAAUAUUAUUAUUAUUAUUGUUAUUAUUAUGGAAGACUUUAUUGUAAAAAUAUCGUCCUGAAUACUGGCCUAGGCAUUUAUACUAUUUACAAAAUCUGAAAAAAAAACUACAAAGGCUAAGGCUACCAAUAAAAUGUACAAUACGGUAAUAAAAAUAGAUGAUAAUAAUUUAAAGCGAAAAUGAAUAUUCAUGCAGUCAAAAUCUAAGAUACAAGAAUAUUCUUAUCUACCCAGAAAUUAGUCAAUGAAGCUAAACAACGCUUGUCAAGGCGAAGUGAACCUUUUUACUAUUUCACAGUUUUGAGAAAUCGUCCAUCGAUCUUUCUAUAGUUACGUUUACGACUUUCUUAUCUUCCAGAAUCUUAGCAACUUCCUUCUCUAGGUUAAUGGAGUAUGCAGCUAGGAAAUGAAACACAACUUCUAUACUGCUAACUUUGUGUUCCGGAUAUAAACUCUUCACUCCUAAUUUUAUAAUCUGCAUCAGUAUUCGUCCCUUUUAAACAUAGUCCUUGCUGGUAUUGUCCUUGGCAUGCAAGUAGUUCCUUCGAUUAUGAACCAUUCCUUAUUUAUUUUGUCCAAGACGUUCACAUCAGGUUUGUUUGCUCCGUUUCUGGGGAAUUUUUCCAGAUGCCAUGGAAUAUCCCACAACACUUUCGCUUUCUCCAAGCAUGGAACCGGGUGGCUUUACUUAUACCACGGCUGAAAGAACUGAGAUUCACUAAAUUCGUAUUUUUCUAACACUGUGGUAAAGUGGUCGUCGCGUUUUAUCAUGUCUGUCCUUGUAUAGUGUCUGUGCCAUUUGGGAGCAACCACACAAUAUGUGAGGUUCUGUUUCUUGAUCAUUGUAACAUACUCUAUAAUUAGUUUCUUUAACACUCUCUUGCAACUUUUCUUUCCUGCAGGUCUUGUUAUUAACCAAUUGCUGUCUUAUAGAUGUGUCAAUAGACAAGACUAUGUCCGGGAUGUUCUUCCAACUCAUAAACUUGUGAUAUGACGUAGGUGCAAUCUCUGGGUCCUUCCAGUAAUGGUUUACAUAUUUUCCCACUCAAGGCUGUUCCAUGACGUCGGCCCUCUUCUCCUUUGUGGUUUUUCUUAGGAUUUCUUUGAUGUUUCGGGGCUCUUUAGUACUGGUCACAGCUACCUGGUAGGCGUGACUGAUGACUCUGUGGUUUCUUCACUAAAUUAACUGCAGUUCCUCCGCAUUUCUCUUAGCAUCCGAUCCUUGAAUACUGAUUUCAAAUUUCUGUCUUCGUUUUUCUUCUGACAAAAUUUCACCAAUUCAAUUUGUACAUCAUCCGAGGUGUUGAUUUCGUUAGCCGCUUUUAUCUUUCGUGUGUUUGUAGAGAGCUUCAAUCUCCAUAAACCCUUUACAUCCUUGUUCAGAUGGUUGGAACAGGAGCUGCGUCGCUUUAUGUUUGUGUUUACCAUGGCAUUCAUUCAUGAUCUUCCUUGUUACCCUGUUUUAGAUCUCUUAAGGUGUUAAUUGGCCAAUCUGUUGUCCACAUGUAAUAGUGUAGUGAAGGUAUCGCGUAAGUGUUCGUAGCUUUGACUUUGCGUGGAAUUGACAAUUGGGACGUCCAUUUUAUUAUUAUUAUUAUUAUUAUUAUUAUUAUUAUUAUUAUUAUUAUUAUUAUUAAUUCUCCGAGUUGGAGUCAUGCUCUUUCCUCUUAUGGAGCCAACUUCAUUACAUGAACUUAUAUUAGGGCAGUAAUAAGUCUCGUGGAUUAUUUAAUGGCUGGUGACCUCCUGAGUAUGUGAGCGGUCCCAAGAGGACAAUCUUCUGAAGCUCUGUUAUUCUGAUGUUUCCUGGGAUCUUGCUGAUAUAGUUUUCACUCCCUUUCUUGACAAGCCCGAGAGCACCAAUGACCACUGGGACAGUUGUUGCUUUUAGUCUCCAUGUUUUCUCAAAUUCUAUUUUGAGAUCAUUGUACUUAGAAAGUUUUUCCUUAUUACUAUUAUUAUGUAUAUACUCUCAGUGUUCAACUGGUAGCCAGUUCCUGGAACAGGUUACAUCCUGCAACCUUAGUAGUCGAUAACCCGUCGGAGGAUUCGUGCUGUUCCUAAUAGGACGGUCUUUUGAAUCUGAGCCACAUCAAGAUUCACCCCUAUGCUUUCAAGAGGGCCAACUAAUCCUUUUGGGAUUGUCCCAAGUGCCCCGAUAACAAUAGGUUCAGUUUUCUCAAUUAUCUUGCCAGGUCUUUAUAUUUAUCAAAAUUCUCUUUCUCCUUUAGUUUCACCCUAGCAUCCCCUGGUACAACUGCAUCAAUAAUUUGCAAACUGCUUGUUGUUUGUCUACUACAACUAGGUCAGGCCUAUUGUGUUCAAGCUGAUGAUCAGUCUGUACACUAAAAUGCCAAAGGAUUUGCACUUUCUCGGACUCUCGAACUUUUCCAGCGACAUGCUCAUACCACUUGCCUGCAACUUCCAAUCCGUACUUUCUGCAGAGGCACCAAUGGACAGCUUUUGUAACGCCAUCGUGUCUACCUUUAUGUUCUCUCGGAGCCAACACUGAGCAUUCACAAACUAUGUGGCUUACUGAUUCUUCCGUACUCUUGCACAACCUGUAUUUUGAGCUGACAGCCUGCUUGUCAAUCUUUGCCUUUAUUGCAUUGGUUUGCAGCGCUGGUCCUGGGCUGCUGUUAACAAUCCUUCUGUCUCCUUCUUGAAUUCCCCCUUCUUCAACCACGUCCAAGAGAGAUUACUUGUCACACCUUCUGUCUGUCUGAACAUAUCGAUUGAAACUCAACUGUUCGAUGGUGACACAAUCUGCUGCACUAAUCAGCUCACGUCCACCUUCCUUCCUCGGCAAGUAUAUUCUACUUGUAUUUGCUCGAGGGUUUAGAGCGCCAUAAUUUGUGAACAACUUUCCUGUCCUCCUGUCAAUAGCUUCCACCUCAAGAGAGAUACAGCUCUGUCAUUAAUAGUUACCACAACAUUGCCUCCGUUCAACUUCGACUUGAGAAUCGAUCAUACCCUUUGAAAGUAUUCCUUUGUCAGCUUUGCUUUCAUUUCCUCCUGGAAGACAUCUCCAGCCUCUAGCACGCCCAGAUACUUGUAACCCUCCCCCUGUUCCAAUGCAGAAAUUUCCCUGCCUUCAGGUAGCUUCAAAUACCGUCAAAAAAAGAGGUUUUCCUCCCUUCAAGAUUACGCAUGCACAAUUUUGAAUACCGAACUCCAUAGCAAUAUCUUCACUAUAUUAAUUCGGACAGUCUGGACUAAUGAUUCAAUCUCACGCUCGUUCUUUCCAUUGAACGUCAUCCAUAAAUAGUAAGUGGUAAAUCCGUAUCUGGUCAUUGCGUAAGACAUACCCAGGCUUCACAUUUCGGAGUACCAGUGUCAGCGGGAUCAUAGCAAUGACGAAAAGCAAUGAUGAUAUGUAGUCACCCUGAAAAAUUCCUCUUCUGAUUCCAAUUUCACUGAGCGAUUGCGACUCAUUGCUUGAGGUCAAGACAGUUUUACACCCUUCCUUGCUCCUUCUCAGGAGGCAGCACCAACUAGGUUGAGGCAUUCCAUGAUGCAAGUGUGCGGGACCAUGUAGGCUGAGAAAGGUUUUAAGGCAAAAGCCCUGUACCCGAUCAGGGCCAGGAGCCUUCCAGUUCGGGAUCCUUUUUAACUGUGUUUCAACCUCUUGAACAUUGAUCUCAAUGUUACUUUGCCUUGGAACAUGAUCUUGCAACCCUUCUCCCACAUCAUCUAACCAUCCUGUCUCCUGAUUAUGUUUUGUUGUUUCGUCCGAGAUAUUACUCCAAAAUUCUACAGCUGCAUCCGCAUCAGGAGACUCCUGUUCUUCCUGUGCAUCUCCAUCCAGUUCCUUAAACAGUUGAUGUCUAUUGUUGACAAACAAUCUUUUCUGCUUAUACUAUUUCAUACUCUUUCAGGCUUGGUCCAUGCUGGGGAACGUUUAAGAAAUUUAUGAAAUAUCGAUCGCGCGGCUAACGACUGAACCGUAUGACCGUAAGAUUCUCUCGCUUCUCGUAAGGUGUCAUUUCAUCGGUCGGGGAAAACAUUAACACAACAUUGUUCAUCAUUAUUUCCAUUGUUUUAGGUUAGGGUAGCAAACCAUUUGGCCUUUAGAGAAGAGCUGCAACAUGACCUCUCUCCCCGGAAUGAAGAAAAACAAUUGUUGGUUUUGACAUGACGUCACCAAAAUUUAACCUACAAAACUAUCGAUCCUACUGAGAUUUUACUUUCAUGAUUUACAAGAGCAGCUGAAAACUAAUAUUCAUACAAAUUUUCGCCCCGAAAGGGUUCUUGAUUUUGUGAUAGAAUACGCUUGAAUUUCUAAGCUUUUGCGUGACGCGGCAUUUACAUGACGGCCGAGAGAGCUGUCAUUUAGGUUAAAAAAGUGACUUAUUUAGGGGAAUAUUACUAUCUGAACAGUUCAUGUAUUAGAAAAAGUAUUGCUUUAAUGUUUAUGAGUUCCUCGAGAGAUAAAUUCUCGCUUUCGUUUCAAAACUCAGUAACAGAUAUUUCUAUUGAUUUCCGGCCGCCUUGUUGGUGCCCAUCCGGAUGGGCACCAGCAUGGCAUAUCCAUAAAAAUUUCUUUAAAUUUAGGUAAAACAUUUCUCCGGAUAUCUCGUAUAUGAAAAAUUGCACUGGCCUGAAUCUUGGCAAGGGUCUUUGCAUAUUUAACUCCUUUUAUUCCCAGAUUCUGGACUUUAUCUAUUGAACGGUUUUGAUUUUUAUUUUGAUCUAUUUUAAGUGGCGUGCCACUAAAAACCAGCAAUAUGACCGCCAAAUACAUCCUUUUAGUUCUUAAAGUUCUCCUUUAUUAACAAACGUUGCACAUUUAUUUCGGCAAAUAAACAGUUAAGUCAAAAGUCUCAAGAGCAACUUUUAAACUUCUUGCUCAAUUUGUUUGGUUCUGCUUUGAAAAUGGAAUAAUAAUUACUCAGAGACAAUACAGUGUAAAGAAUUGUUGAGAAAAACAGCAAGAUCUUGCCAAUUUAUGACAAAAAGGUACUUUAAAAACUAACUAAAACAUUCAAAACGCUUUAGGUAGAGCAAACCACAUUCAAGCCAUUUGUUUUUAGCACGAUGAGUGGAAUGGCGGUCGAAUGUAAAUGAUACCAUAGUAGGCAUGCGGAACUUGUUGCUACGAAAAGGGUGAAAACUGUGUCAUGAACUCGGGCAAAAGUAUCCUUUGCGCUCCUGAAAUCGGCAUUGCUGUGCUUAAGAGGCUCCCAAGGUUCUAAAAGGGUGAAAUUAGAACUAUUGGACGUUGACAGUAUUUGAACAGAAUUCGCCAAUAUUCACUAAGAUAUUGAGAACACUGCGUCAUUUUUCAUUUUCGUUUUUGUUUUGUUUUGUUUUGUUUUUUUAAUCACAAAAAGAAAUAUUAUUGUAGCCCUUCUGGCGCGCGAAUGUUUUUGCUCUACUCUCCCCAAUCUUCCUCUGUCAUAAAAUCAAAGAUGGCGGCUACAACAACACGAACAUGUACAAGUUUUCGCCUAUGAGGUAUUUUUAAGGCCGCGGGGGCAAAUUUUUGCUUGUUCUACAUCUUUUAAAACGCUUAUAUUUCGGCUGUUUUAGAGGCGAUUUAAAUAAAAUUUUACAGACAACGUGAAAUGGUUAACGUUUAGGAAGGCUAUUUUUUAUUAGGUAGACCGCGCUUUACAGCGAUUCUUUAAGCCACAGUUGUACCAAACUGGGAAAUCGUGAUAUUGUGCCCAAGUUUAUUGAAAGAAUAGAAGACAGCGCUCUGAGAUCUUAUUAAUGAAUGAUCGGUCAGUCCCAUUAGUGUGUCAUGUAUUAAGCAGAUUUUCCAUCCUCCCAACAUCCAUAGUCUUUGUUUUUAAUAUCUCCAGGGUAAUACAGUUGUCCCAAGAGAAAUUGAAAACAAUGCUUAUGCUAACAAGGUGAAUUAUGGGAUAUCAAAUGAAAUGACGAAUACGUUCACACUUGAUUUCCUGUUUUGUUUUUACUUCCUGCAGGCUAGUAAAGAUAAACGUGUAUACGUUAAUAUUCCAAUGUCAAACGAAGAGCUUGGACGGUCGAACACAUUCACUACACCGGGAGAUCAGAUCAAAAUUGGCGGGGAAACCAAAACCUUGAAUACUGAAGAGGAAGACAAAGAAGACUGCAACGAGGAGAUUUUGACUCCUGGAAAUCUAAUGGCGUUUGCUUGGCAUGUCUGCCAAGGCAUGGUAAGUAAGACAGCGGUCAUUUCCAGCGAAGAAAAACCGCCGAAAUUUGCCCUCUUGUUAGCUCAAAAGGUUUGGUUCCGGAAUGUUCUAGUCCAAGGCUUUAGUGUGAUUUCCGGCUAACCAGCACUCAGGGUAUUUAAAUAACUGAGGAGAGAGUGAUGCUUUUGCUCUGACAUCUGCAAGUGGUUAAACUUAGUCCCCUUGGAUAAGUUAGGACGAUUAACUCAGGGCCCCUUUUAACGGUAGGUUUUCAGUUAAUCUGACUUUGUAGGAUGUUGAAUUUCUUAAUUUUUUUUCUUCCUUGCGUAAGGAAUAUCUAGCGAGAAAGGGUUAUGUUCAUCGUGAUUUGGCUGCAAGAAAUGUGCUUAUUGGAGAAAAGAAAAUUGCAAAAGUGUCAGACUUUGGACUGAGUCGAUACGUGUAUGAAGAGAAAGUUUACCAUGGCAAACGGAACAGGAAACUUCCCUUCAAAUGGAUGUCAACAGAAGCUAUCUUUGACCAGACAUUCACCACGAAGAGCGAUGUGUAAGAUUACUGAUCUGUUGAUUGAUAACUGAAAAAAGCGCUUUUUCAACACAUGCAAAGUUCAUAUGAAUUGUAGAUUUUAAUCAUUAUUCAUUCAAAAUAUCUCGCUGUUUCUGAUUGGAUCCAGUCCCCCGCAAAUUCUUUAUAACCAACUGGCGCUUACCAUAUUUGGAAGAUGCGACCAAUAUACCACCAAUUCGAUGGUAUAUCUCCUUGGAAACGAGGUUGAUCGAUGGUAUAAUUGCCUGGAAACAGGGCUGCUUGGGAAACAGUGAUGGCUAUUCGAAGACGAAUUACAUGUAGCUGAAUUUACAACUCUAAACUGAACGGAAGAAAUGCGAGAAUAUAUCCUGAAACCAUGUGUUUUUAAAAAAGUCUACGGGGAGGUCAACUUAUUUAGAACUUAAAAGUAUUUUGAAUGAAUAAUAAAACAAUCGCCCUCGGUGAAUAACAUUUUUCUCGAUCUGCAUGAUACCACAUCAUACUCACGGCCUCAUUAAAUAUUUGAUAAAUAGAGCGCGCUUAACUUUUUAUUGCUUAUUACACGCUAGUAAAAGAGGUUUCUUUCCGGAGUGGUUUUUAGCAUUUACGAAGUCGUUCUCGUCGCCGACUGAGCCGUGUGACUGUACAAUUAUCUCCCUGCUCGUAAGGUGCCUUUUCAUAGGUCGGGGAAAACAUUAUAACACAACAUUGUUCAUCAUUAUUUCCAUUGUUUUAGGUUAGGGUAGCAAACCAUUUUGCCUUUAGGGUUAGAAGAGCUGCCACAUGACCUCUCUACCUGGAAUGAAGAAAAACAAUAUGGCCGCCAAAGAAAUCCUUUUAGUUUUUAAAGUUGAACAUUUUUUUUUCGGCAAACAAACAGUUAAGUUGAAAAAAGAUUUUACAAAAGUCUCAAGGAUAGGUCUUCUUUUUCGAUUUUAACUUGCAAUAUCGGUCAAUUUACUCAACUUUUAAUCUUCUGGCUCAGUUUUCGUUUGCUUCUGCUUCGAAAAUGAAAUAAUAAUUACUCAGAGACAAUACAGUGUAAAGAAUUGUUGAGAAAAACAGCAAAAUUUUGCCAAUUUAUGACAAAAAGGUACAUUAAAAACGAACUAAAACGUUCAAAACGCUUUGAUCACGUGACUGAUGACAUCAUGUCCCUCUUUUGGUCAUGAAAAAAAUUAUCAGUAAAACAUUACUUUCCCGCAAAUUUUCUCUGCCGUGUGAUAAAAAGUUGACUCUUUGCAGCCCUCGGCCCAGUCUCCCGACUUUUUCGCUCAUGUUCAUUACCCCCUUGAAUUUAAAAUGCCGGACGUCAACUGGUUAUUUUUAAAUGCCCCACACAACUGAAACCUCAAAUAUGCUAUUUGUUUUUAACUCGUUAAUAAAAUCUUGUUCGAAAAUAGUCACGUGAAUGAGACGUCAUUACCUUCGAUGUGACAUGGGAAGAUAGUUUAUGGCAAAUAUUAUGUUGUUGUGGUCUGACAGUCUUCUAGGUAUAAAAUUGUCAAAGUUAUAAAGCUUUUUAAGAAAUUGCCUCAAAGGAUUCUGGGAGAUUUUUUAAUAAUAAUGAUAAUUUACUUUUGUAAUUAUUAUUACCAUUAAGACAGUAACGGCGCAUGAUGAUAGUCCUGUGAUGGACUUUUAAAUCAUCCUAACUUAAUUCAUAUAAAGGAUUCUGCAAGUGAAAAGAAAUUCACCGUCCACCUUAAUUAUUGUUAGCAUGCUUGAGCAAAGUGCUCUUUUAACUCCUUCAUCAGUUUCACUGAUAUUAACAUACCUGCUUUUUUCAAUUACAUAACCGAUUCUUUGUUGUUUUUCUUAUAGAUGGGCCUUUGGAGUGGUACUUUGGGAAAUAGUUACUCUAGGUACGAUAAUGGCCUAAUAUAUCUCUAUACAACUUUGAGUACACGAUGACUUUAAAUAUCAUGAAAUGCGUUCGCGAAUAAUAUGAAAUUAAAUUGACAGCGUUGUAGCCAUUCAGCCCUAUUUUUUUAUGUUAUCAAAUAAACGUAGCUUUAGCCUGCUCAGCACAUGAUCAAUUUAUGGUUAGGCCAAAAAUCAUUUGAACCACUUUUGGAGGAAUAGCGUAGAGAGGAGACUCUGCUGAUAACAACUCUGUUGAUAUUAACCCUCCUUAAUUAAAAUUAUUAUGUAAUUGCACAUGUGCCAGUUAUAGUGCAAACCCUGAAAGAUGGAAAAAAUUGACUUUUGAACAUUUUUUUUGUUACAAAAAGACUUUUUUCGCCUAAUUAAACAGUAAUCUCUGAAAAAUGUGUUAUCUUUUGGGAUUUCAAUAGUCCUACUUGUCUUACAUAAUCAGUAUCGUAACCGAGAAAAUACUUCCUAAUUUUGGGCACCGGCCGUCCCAAAUACUGGCUCCUGUAUAUAUCAUCAUAUCAGGUGGAACACCAUACCCUACCAUACAGAACAAAGAACUGCUGCAGUUGCUGAAGAAUGGAUACAGAAUGGAAAAACCAGACACUUGCAAUGAAGAGCUGUAAGUAAUCAAAACUACUGAUGAUGAACAUAGAUUAAAGCAGAAUAUUUUCUUCUAAUGUCUACUGAGUUCCUCUGAUGACCUGUUACCAAUGUUGAACUCGAAACUAAGGAAACAACAACAACAACAAAGAAACUGAAAACGCAAAACGUAACCAGACCAGGAGACUGAUAAUGUUCUUAAACUUUCUUGUGUCAGUGACUCUUUACCUCCCUGUUUUGGGCACCAUAUUAUUUGGGAAUGGGUGCCUUUUGAAUUUUUUUUUUAUAUACGAAAUGUGUAGCAUUUUUCAGUAUAGAAAAAAGGAGAGGUAAGUGGAUCUUUUCCUUUAAACCUUCGAGUUGAUUGGAAAGCGUAAGUAAUACAGUCAACGCGAAAGAGAGUUUAAAUGUUACUCGUGGCCACGCAGUUAGUUGAAUCUUUCUUUACUUGGUUAAUUUCUGUUAACUUUUACAGUUAUAAAAUGAUGCAGGACUGUUGGCAGGAUAACCCCGAAAAUCGUCCCACCUUUACUCAGAUUCGGGAGAGCCUGGAGACCAUAAUGCAGAAGAACAAUCCAUAUCUGGACCUGACUGCUGUGGACGAAUCACAAGCCGAAUACAAUGUGCAGUCUUUCGACAGUAUGGAGGAGGAGUCCAGUGAUGAUGAAACUGACGACAAUGUUGCAGUAGUGCUCCACGAGGGUAUGCAACUUUGAUAAAAAAUACUCUAAACGAUUCGUUGGAACCGACAUCGUGCACUUUACUAAUAAUCCAUUGUUUUCCUUCUUUUCAGAGGCAGUUGAAAACGCAAAGGAGAACAUUUCGGAAAAUGAUCCAAAGUCCACUAAUCAAUCAGUGGAUAUCAACACCAAAGCUGAAACCCAGCCGGGAACAGGGAGUAACGAUUGUGCAAAGAACCCUCAAGAUUCUGAAACCUGCGUGCUUAAUUUGAAUACACUGGAAACGCGUUUCUGA